AUGCUAAGAAAACAAGUUGAAGAUUUGAUGAUAGCACAUGAUAAAAUAGUUGCAGCACUGGUAGAAAAAGAAGCAAGAAUGAACAAAAUGAAGGAUGAUGUCGAUGAUAGUUCUAAAAUGUUUGAACUGUUGACACUCGAGAUAUCUACACUAAAUGUCAAGAUAAAGAAUCUGGAAGAGGUGAACCAGUCGCUCAAUCAGCUUCUCAGUGAAAUGAGUGAAGCUUCUUCGAAUGAGAUGAAGGCUAUGAAGUUGGAGAUGGAAGCUAUGAAAGCUGACAAAGUGAUGAAAGAUCAACAACUUCAGAUGCUGGUUGCUGUAGUUGAAAGCCAUCUAAAGAUGAAUAUUCAUGCUGCAUUCGAUGAAAUUGAUGUAAUAAAGGCAAAUGAAAGAAGAAUGGAACGAGAACGUCGUGUAGCUGAAGAAGCAAAUCAAAAGAACAAAGGUGUGGUUGAAGAAGUUGAACCUGAUGUUGAAAUGAUUGAAGUUGUUGAAAUUCAAGAACAAGUUGAAGAUGAUCAGGAGAUAGUUGAUGCUGAAGAACCUCAUGAACCUGAAUUCUUAGUUGUCGAAGUGACCAAGUUGUUAAAGUUUCUUGAUCGAAAAAGGAAGGGAAAAAUAGCUCGUGGUGAGAUUGUGGAUGAAGAAUCUGAUAUAGAGAUGUUCGGAGAUGAUGAAGAGGAGGAUGAAGAUGAGGAGGAUGAAGAUAAGGAAGAUGAAGAUAAAUCUGAUGACAAAGAUGAUGACAAGUCUGAUAAAGAUGAUGAUGACAAUGAUCAAGGUGCUUCUGGAUUAUUAAUCAGAGAUCCAGCUGUUCAAGAAAAGGUGGAUGAUUUAGUGAACAACGAAAUCAAUGAACAGGAGGAUGAAGAUCAGAAUGAAGCAUCAUCAUCUGGAAAGCAACCUGUUGAUCAGGGCGCCUGA